GUUGGUAUUUAAUAAAGUGGGGGUGGUUUUGAAGAGCAGAGCAGAAAACUGAACGAUCUCACGAAAGGAGACACGUUUGAGAAAUCGCAACGUUUCGCAGAUAUUCCAAGAACGAUGAACAUCUGUUUGAUUGGUUUGUUCCUCGCCGUAUUUCAAGCCACCAGUGAUGGCGCCCCAGAACGCUUAUUCCCAGCACCAAAGCUUCCUGCGGAUGUCUCUCAAGAGGAGAAACUUGUUGAAAAAAGAGCUAUGUGCACUGACGACCAGCUAGACAAAUAUCCCCUUCAUUGUCCAGGAUGGGCGGCGAAAGGUUACUGCAGCGUCACAUACGUGAAAUUUAUGCAGACCAACUGCUACGCAAGCUGUGGCAACUGCGAAGCUCCAACCACUCCACCACCUCCACCCACUCCAGCCCCAAAAGUGGAUGAGGACGCCUGCCUUGCAGCCCACAAUGCCAAGCGUGCCCUUCAUCAGGACACGAACCCGCUAACCUGGAGUGAUACACUGGCUAAAAAUGCAAAGCGCUGGGCUGAUGAAUUGGCAAGGGACAAUAAGUUUGAACACGACCCAAACCUCAAAGGUGAAGGAGAAAAUCUUUCCUGGUACUCAUCCUCAGCUGGAACUAUCCGUUCAUGCGCAGAGGCGGUGGAUUCUUGGUACAGUGAAAUUGAAGAUUACGAUUAUAACGACCCUAAAUUUGGCUCCAAGACUGGUCAUUUCACGCAGGUGGUUUGGAAAGGCACUACUCACGUGGGAGCGGCGCUCGUCAAAAAAGUGAACAGCAAAGGGUACACCGAAACUUACAUAGUCGCACGCUACUCCCCACCUGGAAACUUUCGUGGACAGUUUGCAAACAACGUUAUGCCAACAAAAUGAGCCGGCAGUACAGUCUAGCCUGAGUGUAGACAUUAAAGGGUUCCGCCACAUUUGUGAGGACUGUGAUCCUUGAUUCAGAGACGCUGAGGCAUUUAACACAUUGUAGUAGAUUUAGACAAAAAGGUCAAUAAAAGUAAACAUGUGGGUAACCUG